AUUUCUUGAAAUGUCAGUAAUUCAGGAAAUAAAAUGACCGAGUAACGUGUAUGAUGCGAGUAUGAAUCAAAGCCCCUAGCCUAACACACGAAUUAGCGGCAACUGGGCCCGAAAAUCAAAAAAAUUGAGACAGUUUACCAGCGUCAACGACACAUUCAGCCGCGGUACGAAACGGAUUUUUAUUCCAGCUUCAGUUAUAAACGAGUCAUGUAGGUGCGUGGGUCAGGGUCAGGACUCCUGCAGGAUUCGCAGACGUAUGUAUAUCGGGGUACGUACAACGCGUUCCGCGUUCUCUGAAGAAUGAGUUCCAGGGGUUGGUACAGUCGGUAGAAAAAAUUCGGCACCGGCAGCCGUGCAGCUCGAGGAAGAUCGGUGGAGCGUGUAUUUCCUAUAUAAUCGGUGUACGGAUAUCCGCGGGUAUCUCGUGGAGGUCAAGCAUCGAGUUCAUACGGCCAAGGGUAAAUUUUCCUUCCGCAUCCCCUGGGACGCGUACGGUUAGCUGAUUCCGAACGGGUUUUCUCCGGCGCGUCCCGUUCCGCGCAUAUAUUCGAUAAUUUUGCCAAGGGUUGUACGACCAGCGAGGGGAGUAAGGAGCGAGAGCCGCGAUUCGGGACGGCCCUGCGGGCCCGGUGGCCAUGGCGAUGGUCCGAAGGCCUCGCCCCCCCGGUGGGCGGGACGUCGGGCGAUUGGCGGAUCGAAUUUUGAGGGGAAAGUCCCCUUUACGGCGGUCGCCUAUCGUACGGGGCGGAGAGGGCGCUCCGGGGAGCCCUCGAGCCAAUGCUGGGCUCAGUUUUGUCGGAUUGGCGGGGUGUAAAAAUGGUGGGGAGGACGCGCGGCGGCUCUCCCGUACCCCGAAAAGGACCUCUCGCGGGUUCGGGUCUCGCGGAAGGGGACAACUCGACUCUUGCUACCAGGCACUUCUCGGUAGUGGGUACUCAUCGCAUCAUCUACUGGUUCGCGAAGCAGCUGGGCUGGGCCGAGCGAACGACCUGCGACGGUCGAGUGGUUCUAAGCGGUUGUGAGGAGUCGUGAGGACUCUCCACUGAGCCCAACAGUCCUCCAUUCAUCUAUCCAUCCAUCCGACCAUAGGACCAUCCAUCCAUCCAUAGCACUGCUCCGGCAAACGUAUAUCCAAGGCUGAGAGUAUAAAGUUGAGUCUACAUCUACCACAUCGCGGCCAACCGAGUCCAAAGGACCAAAAGACUCCACGCAGGAGUUUUCAGUCGGCCGCCGGCCGGCCGCCGGCCACUCCUAAAAUCGUCUUUGCCAUCGAUCAUCGCAUUCGGAUCCGGUACCGUCGAUCUUACGUCGGAGACAAGAAUAUUCGCAAAGAAACGUAGAAACAUCUCGUUCGCCGAGACGAUAACCGCGACAUGACACCUCACACUCGACGUCCGCGUCCGCGUACAGGGAAGAACAAAGACGUGACCGAUUACAGUAUACAUUUCAACAUUUCAACAAACGGUCAACUUUAACCGGCAACGAUUCAUAACUCGGACGAUACACGAUCGGUUUUACUAAAAGUCGCUCUCACCUGGAAUUACCUGACACUUGUUCUCCGACAACGCACAUUGAACACCGGGUUGAUACACGACGACUUGUGAGUGCGGUUUUCAUGCAUAUCCAGUGCACCGUGAAUUAAUCGUCGAUUUACAAAGUGUUAACGAUUUAAAAAACAGUGAUGAUCCAAGUGUCGAAUAGGAUUUAAGUUACGCCUGAAAAGGAUAAAGUGACAGCGACGAAAUGUCGAACGUUUUUAUCCCACACCUUCCGGUGGUAAGGUGAAAUUUGGAUGUUGUACGAGUACAAGUUAACAAAUAAGUGGCAUCGAUCAUGCCGCGGAACUAUAAUAUUAUUAAGGGUAUUUAACCCCGGUGUGUAAAUCAAAGUGCGAGUAUAUGAUAUAUCGAUACCGGUACACAUUGUCAACACAAAUAUUUCGUUGUAAAGUUAUCGAAACGGCUUCGAAAGCCGAGUGCCUGAAAGUAACGUAAAAGAAGAGUAUAGAAAACUAAAAUAGAAUAAAAAUAAAAAACUGUUGGUCAGUAUAAACACGGUCGAUUUAUCGGAAAUGAGUGGUGGCAGUGGAGGAGGAGGUGGCGGUGGCCAAGGGAACAAUAACGCUGGAUCGUAUCACCAACAUCAUCAGCAGCAACAAUCGCAGCUGGAGCAAGCCGGCCUUUUGCCGGAUUUAAACGGGGUUGACCUGGCUAUGAGUUUGUCCCCAAAACAGCAUCAAUCUCACGUACAAGCAGGCGGCGGAGCUCACACGACCCCAUUCAGCGUAACCGAUAUCCUCAGUCCGAUAGAGGAAUCUUAUAGAAAAUUGGAAUUAGCCGCGGCAGCGGCGGCAGUCGGCGUAGGAGUGGUGACCCACCCCCAGGGUUCGCCUUACGCGAACGCUUGCGGCGGAAGAGUCGGCGGUAACGCGGGAAGUUCGAGCGCGAGCAGCGGAAGUCCUCCUCUCCACGGAGGAUCGACACCCGGGGGAUCCACUCCCGGUCCACCUUUGGGAGGUGCUGGCGGCAACGGAGGCAUGGGAGCUAUGGGCAAUCCCUAUGCAACGAUGCAACUCACUUCACAGUACCAAUAUUGCGCCGCCGAAUUAUCGCCCUAUCACCAUGCCGGCGCCGGUGUCGGCGGCGGGGCCACCGCUUCCGACCCCAUGAGAUCUUCGCACCAUCAUCCCUGGUACGCACCCGCACCCCCGGCCACCAACGACCCACGUUUCGCCAUUUCGCGUUUGAUGGGGGCAGCGGCGGCGGGCGCGGGAUCAAACAUGGCGGGUUGUUCGGUGGGUCAGUCGAUGGGGGACAUGAGCAAGUCUUCGGGAAUGGGCGUGGGCGUCGGCGUCGGUAUGGGCGUCGGCGCGAUGCAAUUUCCUUUGGCCCAGAGACGAAAACGUCGCGUACUUUUCACGCAGGCCCAAGUCUACGAACUCGAAAGAAGAUUCAAGCAACAAAAAUACCUCAGCGCACCGGAAAGGGAACAUCUCGCAUCGCUCAUCCACCUGACGCCGACUCAGGUGAAAAUCUGGUUCCAGAAUCACCGGUACAAGUGCAAACGACAGGCCAAAGAAAAGGCGAUGGCGGAACAAAAUGCUCAGAAUCAGAGCGCGAGUUCGCCUCGACGAGUGGCGGUCCCCGUCCUGGUGAAGGACGGGAAGCCCUGCGGCAGCGGCGGAGGGAACGAGGGUAGCCGCGGCGGGCCCAGCGCCGCCCUGGCGAGUCCGGCGCCCCACAUGACCGCGGCGUCGAGUCCCCACGGGUCCCACCACGCGGCGGUGGUCUCCCACCACUCGGUCGUCGGCGUCGGUCACGUGAUGUCCUCCAGCCAGAGCCUCCAGCACUGCUCCUACACGAGGACGAGCGCCCAACAGAGUAUGCAGCAGCAGCAGCAGCCCCAGUGCGGCGCUUACCUACCUCUGCAGGGUAGAGCUUGGUAGUGCGCACCAUCCGCGGCGGGGGCUGCCGCCUCCUACGGAAAUCCCCAGGUCGCUGGCCCCUGGGCCCUCGCCGCGGAUCCAGCUGCUUGGUACGCCAUUCCUGACGACAGCCCUUAAGGUUCAUUAUUCCAGGGUUUUAUUCAACGUUAUUUUUAGACCUUAUUCCCUCUGCGUCCGAACUGCCUCGGCGUUAUACCCGUACGAGUCUUGGCGAUUUGACGGGGUUCGCCGUUCGACCCCGUCCAACGCUCAAAGUUUGAGGAUUUUCAGGAAAAUUAAUUCGAUGGAAAAAUUCAAAACUCGAUUAUUGGUCAUGUUACUGUUCCGCAAAAUUGAAAAUUUUUCCCUCUCGGUGUGAGGGGAGUGAUUUAUUUUUCGGCGAAAUUUCUGUGCUAAUUUUACGCACGUUCGACGUAGAAUGAAAUAAUGAUGAUAAUAAUGUCGUAACAUACCUUGGGGCUAUCAAACGCAAAGUCGUGUACACGUCGUGAGGACCUUGAUAAAGGAAUAAAAAAAAAAAAAGGCACGUCUUAGGUAAUAAUUCGACGUUAAAAGUACGUACCUACGCAGUGGCUGGUGGAGAUAAAAAAAACAAACAAACAAAUAAAUAAAUAAACGAAAAAAAGGAAGGAAGAGAUAAACGCCUAUAGUGAACACGUAGUGAAUAUAUGAAUAAAUCGUUCGAACGAUCGUCGGAAACUUAAUAAUUAUAUUUACAAAAGGAGCUCCAGGAGCCACGUAACGUGAUAAUCGUGUCGUUAGUUUUCUAAUAAUAAUUUGAGAUAUUAAGAUUACGUCAGAAAUAACAUCAUCGUAUUUUUCGAAAGAAUUUCUUCGCAGUGAAAGAUAAACUUGCAUAAUUUUAAAAAUGAGAUUUUAUUUAUUUUCUUGGUUUUUCAAGUAAGCGGAAUUCGAAAACGACGUUGUCGCGAAAAAAUUAAUGUCAAAGAUUCUCGAGUUAUUAUUACAAAGAAAUUGUGCACGACGAAUGAACGUUUAGUAUAUUGAAAUUAAAUCGACCCUGUAUCAACUCGUGUUUCCAGGUUAGACGAUUUAAGUUAUAAAUAAUUAAGGUAAAAUUGAAAUAAAAUGAAAAGAAAAUAAUUGCGGUCUUCAAGAUCACCCUGUACAUAUGAACGAAACGAUUUUAGCUAUAAAUAAAAAUAACGAGAAGAAUAGCCGUUAUAUAUCAUAGGACACUGUCUACGUGAUUUUUAGAGACGAAAUCUCAAUAAGCAGAUAUUAUUAAUAAUGAUAUUCUUUAAUUAAUUAUAAUUACAUCGGAAAUUCAUCAAUAUUUCAAUCCGGGCAUCACUAUAUAAGUAUGUAAGUUAUAAUUAGUUCAUAAAUAUUUCGAACGUAUAUACAUAUAUAAAUAUAUAUAUAUAUGUAUGUAUAUGAUCCGAUAACUGUUACAUAAUACAACCGAAAACAAAAAUUUAUCUGUGUCGAAUCUCAGCGCUAUAUGAAUGGGGUUAAUUAAUUAUGAUUAUCAUCAUUGGUGUUGUUAUACAUUACGGUAUAUACUUUCUGACAUUCUCAACCAAAAUUUAUCGAAUCAUUGACUGUAGAGGAAUUUUAGCUAAUUUUUCGCUGAGAAAUUACUUAAGACAUGCACAAUUAGUAUUUCCAAUGAAAUCAUUUAUAUUUAAUCAAAAAAAAAGAAUAUAUAUAUAUAUAUAUAUAUCUCAGGCCACGACAUAAUUAUAUUCUUAAUAAUAAUAAUGUCAAUACAAUUAUAUAAUAAACUGCAGCAGAUAAAUAAAAGAAAAAUAUAUGAAAUAAUUCGAAGCAAAAAAACAAGAAAUUACAACUAAAAAAUGAUCAAACAAAACAAAAACUCGUUUCUAUGUCAAUUAUCUUUGUAUUGGUGCACAGAUAUAUUUAUAAUUACACAUAUAUAUACAUAUACAUAUUAUAUAUGUAUAUAUUAGGAUGGCCCAAAAAAAAACGUCUAUUUUUUACUCGCGUCUCCUUUAAAAAUAUAUUAGUUUUCAGGUUCUAAAAGCCUCCUCAAAAGAUCAGCUCGGAUUUUGAUUUCUUCAAGUCACCCCAAAUUUUUUUGAACGUUCACAGUAAAACACGCAACGUUUUAGAGCGACCUUUAAAUCUAAAUAUUAACGAACUUUCAAUUUCUUUCCUCGGAGUUCACAUACUAAAGAUUAGAAAUAAGGUACGAGAUACUCAUAGAAACUUGGAGAAGAUUGGAAAAAAAAAAGGAAAAUAGAUUUUUGACGAUUUUGGAAAUAUUUGAAAAUCUUGAGCGGCCCCUAAAAAUUAUUUUUUUCGACUGAUCUUUGGAGGGGGCUUUUGAAACAUGUAAAGCUGACAUAUUUUCUUGGCAGACGCAAAAAAAAAUUGUCCUUUUUUUUUGGGCCACCUCAAUAUGUAUAGAACUGUGCAUAGCAUUUAGAAUGAGAUUUUUUUUUUUAUUUUUUGUUUAUUAUAGAUACUAAAUGGUGUACAUAACGUUCUCUAUUAUCGUAAUCAUACUGAUUUCCGUUUAUUCAAAAGGUAAAAAAUGAAUGAACAGAAGUAAUUCUUUCAGAAAUUCUAUACAAGAAAAUUCAUUUUCUUGCGUCAUAAAAAGUGCCAUAUCAUUAUCGAAGCAUCGUUAUAAAUGUUCCAAAAUUUGAUUCUUCGGUCAUUUAAUUAUACAUAGCAAUAAUUUGUCAAUUAAUUUUUUUUACGUUUUUUUUUUUCAUUCUUUCACCAUAAUAUACUCAUAUACAUGUAUGUAUGUAUAACACAUCUCCAAGGGGUACGGUAUACCUAUAUUAUAUAAUUAAUUGAUCAAUUAAUUAAGUUGCACGAAAUAUGUAUAUAAUAAAUGAUAUUAUUAUUAGUAUUUUUAUUUUUUUAUCAUUAUGAUUGGCAUGAUUAUUAUGUAAAUUUUUUUUUUUUUCAAAUAGUCAAAUGCAUCGCUCUAUCCUUGUAUUAUGAUGUAUAUCAACGAAUUUAUAAGAACAAAUUGAUGAAACGAUGUUAUAUAUUAUAUAUAAAUAUAUGAAUAUAUAUAUUAUACAUAACGUUAGAGAAUGAAUAUUAAACAAUAAUAACAAUAACGACGAAAGAAAGAGAAAGAAAGAAAAAAGGAAAAAUUAAAUUGAAUUAAAUUGAAUUGAAGGGCAAACGUAAAGAACAACGGCAACAAAAAAGGAAAAAAAAAAGUGAAAUUCUAGAAUUAGUAUUAUAUGAAUAAAGUAGCGUGUGACGGUGAAAAACUAGAGAUAUUAUUAUAAAGUUUUGUAAAUAAUAAAGAGAUAUUAAUAAAAUAAUGUACCUAA